GCUCGUUGAGGCUCUUACUUGGUGCUCUAUGUUGGUUGUGAUUGGCGUAGAAACUAAAGUCUACAUUUGUGAGUUUCGCUGGUACAUUCGAUUUGGAGUCAUUUAUGUUUUGGUGGGGGAGGUUGUUAUGCUCAAACUUUUCCUGUCAGUCAAGGAAUACUUUUCAAGAUCUGUGUUAUACUUGUACUGCAGUGAGGUUUUAUGCCAGGUUAUUUUUGGGAUCCUUUUGCUGUUUUAUGUUCCUGGUUUGGAGCCCUACCCGGGUUAUACCCCUAUCCAAACAGAGACUGUUGAUGACACCGAGUACGAAGAGCUUCCUGGAGAGGAGCAGAUUUGUCCUGAGAAGCAUGUCAAUAUCAUUUCCAGGAUAUAUUUUGGCUGGAUGACUCCCCUAAUGCAGCAAGGCUAUAAAAGACCAAUCACUGAGAAGGAUGUGUGGAAACUUGAUACAUGGGAUAGGACUGAGACAUUGUAUAGCAACUUUCAAAGAUUCUGGCUUGAAGAAUCACAAAGGCCCAAACUGUGGCUGUUGAGAGCAUUACAUCGUAGCCUUGGGGGAAGGUUCUGGUUGGGAGGACUCUUCAAGAUUGGCAAUGAUCUUUCGCAGUUUGUAGGGCCACUAGUUUUGAACCUCCUCUUACAG